AUGGCGGAGAUGGCUAGAGGUUCAAGGGAGCGAAGCUGCACGAUUAAGCAAUUCACACGUAUGAGACUCCUGUCGUUCUCUGGAGGAGCUGACCCACUCGUGGCUGAGAAUUGGGUUCAAGAUAUAGAGGAUAUAUUAGCAGUUCUCUCAUGUAUAGAUGAGCAGAAGAUGUUGUUUGUGACGUUUAAGUUGACUGGGGAAGCAAAACGCUGGGGGAGAUCAACGAGACUACUAGAGGAGCAAAGACCUGACCCUGUAGCAGUGACGUGGAGCCACCUCAAUGAGAUCUUUUUCAAGAGAUACUUCCCCGCUACUGUUAGAAGUGUGAAGGCAGCGGAAUUUUUGCACUUGGCGCAAGGGCGGAUGAUGAUACAACAGUAUGCAGCUAGAUUUGUCGAGCUGUUCCGGUUUGCCCCAUAUUUCAUACCGGGUGAGGAAAAGAAGGUGAGGAAGUUCGAAGAGGGCUAG